AUGGAGCCAAGGAGCAAUUUUGAAGAUUUGAUAACUUUCAUCAAGAGUUCUCAUAGAGAGCACACAGCCUUGAUUGAUGAGAGAUUGGAGUCAGCCUUCACGAGAUUGAAUGAGAACAUACCCAGAUCAAGAGGAAGCAAAGCCGCCAGUCAAGAAGAAACCAAUGGAGUAUGUCAUCAUUGGAGAUGGACUGAACCACCUAAGGAAGUCCAUGUCAGAAUAGAACCAGGAACUCAGGAGGAAGUGGAGAAGCCACCUGAAGAACCAAGAGUGUAUGAGCCAAAGAUCCCAUACAGAAAUGUUCUUUCUCAACCCAAGAAGGAGAAGGAGCAAGCAAAGCUCAAGGAUCUUGUUAGCCAACUUUCAGUAAGGUUACCUUUCAUUGAUGCCUGCCAAAUAAUUCCAUCUCUCAGGAAGUAUAUGAAGCCAUACUCACAAGCAAUGUGA